ACGGGGUGCAGCUCCAGCAGGGCAGGGAAGAACCGCUCGCUGCUCGCUGCAAUCCCAUUCCCUCCCAAAAAAAUCCCGUCCAGCACAGCCGGUACGGGGGAGACUGGAGCCAGCUCAGCCCCUGUGCCUCAGUUUCCCCAUUGCCUGGUGCUGGGAGUGUCGCCCUGCCGCGCUCUGGAGGUGACAGUGCCAGCACGGACAGGGGACAGCCCGCGUGACGCGCAGGGAAGGGAAGGGAAGGGAAGGGGUUUCCAGGCGGGCCGAGAGCUGCAGGAUUUCCCCUUUCUCCCUCUGCUCCCUCCCCGCGCCGGGCAGAGGCAGCGCCCAUGGAGUUCUCGGAGCUGAUCAAGACGGCGACAGUGGAGAACGUGCUGCUGUCGCGACAGGGGCUGCCCGCGGUGCGGGGCACCCUGUGCAUCACCAGCCACCACCUGCUGCUCUCCUCCUGCCCCCGCGGCGACCUGGAGCUCUGGCUGCUCAUCCGCAACGUGGACGCCGUGGAGAAAAGAGUGCAGAAUUUAGGCUGGUACCAGGCUGGGACUGGCGGCUCCCUGCGGGACACCAGGAUCUCCGGCUCCUCCGGCACCAUCACUCUGCGCUGCAAGGACCUGAAGGUGCUGCAGCUGGAGAUCCCGGGCAUGGAGGAGUGUCUGAACAUCGCCAGCUCCAUCGAGGCUCUCUCCUCCGUGGACUCGGUGAUGAUGAUGUACCCGUUCUUCUACCGCCCGCCGAGCCUGCGGCUGCAGCAGGGCUGGCACCGCUUCCCCCUCGAGCGCUUUUUCCAGCAGCUCUCCUCUCAGACGAGCCAGUGGCGGCUGAGCACCGUGAACCGGGAUUUCAGCGCCUGCCCCUCGUACCCUCCCGCCGUGAUCGUGCCGGCGGCCGUGGGCGAUGACACGGUGACCAAGGCGGCUCGGUUCCGGCAGGGCGGGCGCUUCCCCGUGCUCAGCUACUUCCACCCCAAAAACGGCACCGCCCUGCUCCGCAGCAGCCAGCCCCUGACAGGUCCCAACCGCCGGCGGUGCCGAGAGGACGAGAAGCUCUUGGGGACAAUCCUGGACGAGGGUGAGCGAGGUUUCAUCAUCGACACUCGCUCGGCCCAGGCGGCCAAGCAGGCACGGAUGAGCGGCGGCGGCACCGAGCCCAAAUCCUGCUACCCGCACUGGAGGAGGCUGCACCGAGCCCUGGAAAGAGGCCGCCCGCUGCAGGAGAGCUUCAUCAGGCUGGUGGAGACGUGCACGGAGCCCUCGCUGAGCAUGGACCGCUGGCUGGCCCGGCUGGACAGCAGCCGCUGGCUCAGCCACGUCAAGGCUGCCCUGAGCACGGCCUGCCUGGCUGCUCAGUGCCUGGACAGGGAGGAUUCCAACGUGCUGGUGCACGGGGCGGAGGGGACAGACACCACGCUGCUGGUGACAGCGCUGGCCCAGCUCAUCCUGGACCCGUCCUGCCGCACCCUGGAGGGAUUCCAGGCGCUGCUGCAGCGGGAAUGGAUCGAGGCUGGGCACCCCUUCCACCUGCGCUGCGCCCGCUCCGCCUCCUCGCACGCCCGAGGGAAGCAGGAGGCGCCGCUUUUCCUCCUCUUCCUCGACUGCGUGUGGCAGCUGAGCCGCCAGUUCCCCUUCUCCCUGGAAUUUGGGGAGCAGCUGCUCCUCACCCUCUUUGACAACGCCUACGCCUCCUCCUAUGGCACCUUCCUGUGCAACAACGAGAAGGAGAGGAGCCUGUGUAAGGUGAAGGAGAGCACACACUCGCUCUGGGCCUGGCUGAACCAGCCUGAGGAGAAGCACAAAUUCCUGAACCCUCUCUACUCACACAACCCCUUGGUGAUCUGGCCCUCCGUGGAGCCCCAGAGCAUCCAGCUCUGGCAGGGUUUAUUCCUUCGUUGGAUCCGUCCUUCCCAGCACCUGGAUGAGGCCUGGGCAGAGAUCCAGAGGUUGGUGGAGGGAAACAAGUCCUCCAUCAAGGAGAGCACAGGGAAAAGGCUGAGCCAGUCCCUCCCUGAGCCCACUGCUGGGACAGAGAGUGGAAAAUGAAGAGGGGACAGUUGGGUCCCCGUGGAUCUGGGACAAGGUGACACUGGAUUUUCCCAUGGGAAGGGCUGUGCAGGACACAGACCCCAUGGACAGCUCUGGGAGAGGGCACAGAUCCCCUUUCCCAGCCUGAGUUUGUUUCAGUAAAUCUCUCUCCCAGCCUUUGCCUGUGUCCUGCUCUUCCAUAGGGAAGCUGCUCCUUCCCUCUGGGCUCUCAGCAGUGCCUGUGGAUGGCUCUGGAGCUAAAGGACAGCAGAUCACACGAAAAAAAACAGCAGAUCACAGGAAAAACCACAACAGGACACACUAAACCAACAUCCCCCCACAAACUCACAAAAGCAGCCUCAGUGUCGUGCCAGCAGCUGCGAGCCAGGAGCCAGCCUGGGAAUUGUGCCCUUGAGCCCAAUUUUGAGGAAGGAAAGAG